GUAGGGUGGGGCUUUUAGGAAAGGUAACUACCUUAGGGAAUGGCAGAGACAGAGUGAUCAAACUGACCAUAGGGGAGAUUUCUGCUAUGGAAACUCGAAGGAUCAAAGACUUGUAGAAGCUCUUACUACUUUUUAUGUCUCUGCCCCUUAACACUUAACACUUUACACAUACCUCUUAUUGUAGCCUUCUUCAUAUAAGUUUGUAUCAGAGUGUCUCCCCUUCCCUGAUUGUCAGCCUUUUGAGGUUUGAACUAAAUCUUUCUCCUUUUUACUCCUAAUGUGUUCUUCGCAUAGUACCAGGCAUAGUGCCUUAGCAUAUUGUAGGUGUCCAUACAUGGUUGUCAAAUGGAUGACUGAUAGUGGCAUUGGAAAGGAAAAGGGUGGAAUGAAUGUGAAAGAUGUUUGGAAAAUGGGAUUGAUGAGACUUGAUGACUGGAUGGGGGAUUUUUGACUCUUGAAGACCAACUUGGCAAAACAGCCAUCCACAAACCUUGGGAAGUGAGGAGAAGAAGUUGGUUCCAUUUUGGAGGAAAUGAUAAACUAACUUUUAGAUGUGCUUGGCAUGUGGAGAUGUUGAAGGAAAAUUUGAUGUUUUAUUCAAUAGAGUUCGAGCAAUUCAGAAGAAAAGUGGAAACUUUGAUCUGCUGUUGUGUGUAGGAAAUUUCUUUGGCUCCACUCCAGAUGCUGAAUGGGAGAAGUAUAAAACUGGCAUCAAGAAAGCUCCCAUUCAGACAUAUGUGCUGGGUGCUAAUAACCAGGAAACAGUAAAAUACUUCCAAGAUGCUGAUGGGUGUGAGUUAGCUGAAAACAUUACUUAUCUGGGUCGUAAAGGUAUCUUCACUGGAAGCUCGGGGCUGCAGAUUGUGUACCUCAGUGGGACAGAGUCCUUAAAUGAGCCGGUCCCCGGUUACAGUUUUAGUCCCAAGGAUGUAUCUUCCCUGAGGACAAUGCUGUGUUCAACAUCCCAGUUUAAGGGGGUUGAUAUCUUGCUCACAUCCCCAUGGCCCAAGUAUGUGGGGAACUUUGGGAAUUCUUCUGGAGAAGUGGAUACCAAAAAAUGUGGCUCUGCUUUGGUCUCCAGUCUGGCCACAGACUUGAAACCAAGAUACCAUUUUGCUGCUUUGGAAAAGACCUAUUAUGAGAGGCUGCCCUAUCGAAACCACAUCGUUCUACAGGAAAAUGCACAGCAUGCCACCAGGUUCAUAGCUCUGGCGAAUGUUGGAAAUCCAGAAAAGAAAAAGUAUCUUUAUGCAUUCAGUAUUGUUCCCAUGAAACUAAUGGAGACAGCAGAGCUGGUAAAACAGCCUCCAGAUGUUACUGAAAACCCUUACAGAAAAUCUGGGAAGGAAGCAUCCAUGGGAAAGCAAAUUUCUGCUCCUGAGGAAGAAUCAGCCUGUCAAUUUUUCUUUGAUUUAAAUGAAAAGCAGGGAAGGAAGCGUUCGUCUACAGGCAGAGAUAACAAGUCUCCUCAUCCAAAGCAGCCUCGCAAACCUCCUCAGCCUCCAGGACCCUGUUGGUUUUGCCUUGCGAGCCCUGAAGUGGAAAAGCAUUUGGUGGUCAACAUCGGCACACAUUGCUACCUUGCCCUGGCCAAAGGAGGCUUAUCUGAUGACCAUGUCCUCAUCCUACCAAUUGGGCACUACCAGUCAGUGGUGGAGCUUUCAACAGAGGUGGUAGAAGAGGUGGAGAAGUACAAGGUGACACUGAGGCGGUUCUUUAAGAGUCGAGGAAAACGGUGUGUUCUAUUUGAGAGAAAUUAUAAGAGUCAUCACCUCCAGCUACAGGUCAUUCCUGUGCCACUCAGCUGCUGCACUACAGAUGACAUUAAAGAUGCCUUCGUUACCCAGGCAGAGCAGCAACAGAUUGAGCUGUUGGAAAUCCCAGAGCACUCUGACAUCAAGCAGAUUGCACAGCCAGGAGCAGCAUAUUUUUAUGUUGAACUUGACACGGGAGAGAAACUUUUCCAUAGAAUUAAGAAGAAUUUUCCUUUGCAGUUUGGAAGGGAGGUACUGGCCAGUGAAGCCAUCCUUAAUAUUCCUGACAAGUCUGACUGGAGGCAAUGUCAGCUCAGCAAGGAAGAGGAAGAGAUGCUGGCUCGCCGCUUCCGGAAAGACUUUGAGCCCUUUGACUUCACUCUGGAUGACUAAGUAAAGGGAAAGGCACUUUAUGAACUUGACAGGAAGUAUUAGUAGCUUGUUUUUUUUAAGAAACUACAGUCUCCCAUGGGGACUGUUACUCUGCCUCUUUUUUGUGCAUUCCUAUGGAACCUGCCUGCAGCAAGAGGCUUGAAAUUAUUUUUUGGAAAAUAAUUGUAGGAUGAAAAUCCUGUUAAAAUUAGCAUGUCUGUCAUCCAGCUCCAAGUACAGCUUAUGUUAAUCAAAAUUUUCAGAAACAUUAAACUCUCAAAUAAAAUCCAAAUGCUUUUCCAUGA